AUAUAUAUCAGUAAUUUAUCUUAUCAUUUUUAUAUUAUCUUCACAGAUGUAAAGAUAACUUGCAUAAUUAAAAGCGUAUUAUACAUACUUAUUAUGUAUGAUGUUAAAAAUUAAUGCAUAAUACAAAAUAAACGAUCGAUAAUUUUGUCACGUGAUUUCAAUUAUUUGAAAAAAAAACACAUUAGAUCAUAGUUAGUCGGUUGUGUCUACCGUGUUUGCAGUUUUGACGCAUCAUGAAACGAUCUAUACUCUCAUCACAAGAAAGAAAAUCUAACACUGCUGUUAGUCGUCAGAGUACUGAAGCUGAUGGCCAUCAAACUCGGACUAGCAAUAUCACCGGUGUUGGUGGUGGUAUUAGCCUUCAACAAACAGUAGACACAGAGGAUACUGAAUUAACAAUCGAUGACGAUGAUGAUAGUUAUGCUGGUUCAAUGGCUAAAAAUCUCCCUGAAGAUGAUGAUUUACGUGUUAUGGUUGAGUUAAAUAAUCCACGUAUCUAUCGUGAUGUUAAGCAUAUUCUACUCGAAGAACAACGUAUACGUAAAGCGCUUAGAAAGAAUAAAAAAUUACCCUUCCCAUGUAAAUGUUAUCAAUUAUGCGAAUUUGGAUAUUUAAUUCAACCAUUGACUAGUGCACUAGGUCAACUAUACGAAGAAUAUAUUUCAUUACACAGAGAUUAUCAUAACCUAUUUCAUGCUGAUACUAUUACUACAGAUGAUAAUCAAAUCUAUGUGAAUAACACUGCUAUAACUGUUCGCCAAAAAUCGAAAGAAACUGAUUUAAACAAAAAAUAUCCGCUGAAUACAAAUGAAUUUCACUAUGAUAUUGAACAUUUAAUUGAGAAAAUUGAAGCUCAAGAAAAUGAACGAUUAUAUCGUAGAACAUGUGAACCUUAUAUGGAAGCUGUACGCUUGUAUAUACAAAAAAUGGCUACACCUAAAUGGGAAAGAAUUAAAUUAUGGUUUAAAAAUCAUUUAAUGGCUAGAAAGAAAUGUAUUUGUUUUCAUUGUGAUUACAGGGAUGCAUUAAUUGACUAUAGAGAUGCUUUAAUUAAUUUACAUAAAGAAUAUAUUAUUAUUUAUGCAAAUUAUUAUGCACUGGUAAAUUCGCUUAGUUUAAAUGAGUUAAGCGUUAAAAAUAAUAAAAUUUUAAGAAAAAUUAAAAUUAAUUCAAAGUAUUUACAGUAUAUUAAGUCAUUUUUAUAAAAAGAAUAAAACAAAAGCCAAAAUUUUACCAGUUUCCGUGUUUAUCCGCUUUUUUGACUUGUUCCAUUGAACAUUGAAUUUUGAAUAUUGGACGCGGAGCGUAAUAUGACUUGAAGCGGAACGCUUCCCUUCAAUAUCAUAUAUAUAUUAAUAUAUUGUUGAUCAUUGAAUUAAUUUUUUUAAAUAUCCACGUGUUUUGUUUAAAAUUUCAGCUUUAUUCAACAUAUUUGUAGACGAUAAAAUAAUUAUCAUUGUUAGGCCUAAAGAGAAUAAAAGUGAUAUUGUAAAAUAAACUGUUGCUAAUAUAUACUUUGUUCGUUUUAUCUUACGUUGAUAUUGUCUAAACUGUUUAUUGUUUAAAUCAGUAUAAGCUGUUAACAUUAAUACAAGUGUUAUUAAACCGAAUAUAGUGAAUGGAAAUAAUAAGAUAAGUAUUACACAUAACCAUAAUUGACACCAAGCAUAAGUGAAUUUCGAAUCAUCUCCAGAUGCUGUACUCUUUGAUAGAUCUGUAUUCUUUCGGAAAUAUUGAUAUAGACGUUGAUGUCGUUGAGGAUACCUGGGAUGUUGGUGUUGUUGUUGCAACUGCUGACUGUGUUGAUAGUAUGGGUUGUGAUGACGAGGUUGAUAGUGUUCUCUAUCUUGUGGAUAUUGUUGUUGUCUUUCUAUGUCAUAAUGAGGAUGAUAUUGAUGUGGAUAAUCUGUAGACGGAUAAAUUUCAUGUUGUGAUGAUUCAGACUGGUUACAGUCAAGUUCUGAAUUAGGUCUGUCUUGUUUCGCUUUUGAUUUACGUUCUAACUUUUUAAUUUUACCAUC